GCUUCUGCCCAUGUAACAUCUGAUGCGGACCAACAUGGAGAUACCCAUUCUCUAUUGAAUCAAUAAUGUGAUAUAAGUCAACCUUGAUCCUUCCAAUUACAAUUGGUUCCAUGGAUACCAACUCACUCCGACUCGCUGUGCCACCCUUUAUUACAUAUAUCGCCCACUGUAUUUACACCAUCAUAUCGAACCUCAAUCGAAUUUAAUCUUCCCUGUGUCUCCUUCAACUCCUCUGCUACUGUAUUCAGCAAAAUAUCUGUUCGCGUCCAAGCCCGCACUUGAUCAUGGGGAAUCGUCACUCACGAGUUCGAAGCUAUUCUGAGUCUCUCAACCAACCUCAUACCAUAUCGAAGCAUGAUCGGCCUCGACAGGUUGCAAUCACUGUGCAGGCAAAAGGUGCGCCCGUCCACGCACGCAAUGCCGAUCUCUGGUCUCCUCCUCCAUAUACACCACAGCGCCCAUCGAAGACCCCAGACUCCGGAGCUUCAUCUUCGGGGGAUUCGCCUUACUCGUUUCUACGCGAGUUUGAUACUGUAUUCUUAGUUGAUGACAGCGGUAGCAUGAAAGGUAGUCGCUGGGGUGAGGCUGCGGAUGCUAUCGCCGCUAUUGCGCCCGUUUGCACCACACACGACCGGGACGGAAUUGACAUCUAUUUCUUGAAUUAUCGAGGAGGAACUGAUAGUACAACCGGUGCAUAUACCAACAUCAAGACGUCAGAUGAUGUCCGCGAGAUAUUUUACGGCGUCCAUCCACGAGGAGCAACCCCGGUCGGGCGUCGUUUGCGCCAAAUCCUAGACCCAUACCUUCGUCGUGUUGAGGCCAUAGCGUCGAAAGGAAAGGACCCUAGCGAGUCAGUGAAACCACUUAACCUCAUCGCCAUCACAGACGGGGUGUUCACGGACGAUGCAGAAAGCGUCAUCGUCGAUGCCGCCACAAGGUUGGAUCAAUGCCAUGCUGUACCGUGGCAGGUUGGCAUCCAGUUUUUCCAGAUCGGGCAUGAUAACGACGCACGACAUUACCUGCAGAUGCUAGAUGAUGAAUUAGGGCGUAUAUCCAAGCAUGAGCGAGUGCGGGAUAUUGUUGACACGGUGCCGUGGAGAGGUGACAAGGGUCAGACGUUGAGCGCCGACGGAAUUUUGAAAUGCGUCCUUGGUGCUGUCAAUCGGAAAUAUGACAAGUGCAACGCGUUUCGUUGAUCAGCUUCCCUUUUGGUUUGAUCCUUUUCUCAUACUUGACAACCUCAGAAUCCACGGGUCUGUCCGAAUAUUGGUUCUAUUCUUUCAUUUUAUUAAACGGAUGGCUUUGAAACUCAACGGUCCGUUGCGAAUAAAGGAAAUGGGUUUCGAACAUGUCGCAGCAAGCGCCGCGUAACCGCCGACAAUCCCAGUCCAGGCAUGGAUAUGAUUCGCAACGAUGUCCUCCUCUCCUUUGUUUUUCUCUUCGCGUUCCUUUCACGCUUGUCUUAUUUCCCCUAUUUUUACUUAAUGGAAGCCGAAGCAGCUUGCGACAAGAUAUGUCGACUAGUUUGUUAUUUUUCCUUGCGUGGCUCUACAGAUGGUAACGAUUUAGUCUCUGGAUGCGAACGGUAAUGAUUCAUUGGUUAAGAAAAU